GACUAACACCUGCUGUUUGGUUUCCUGGAGCGGAAACCCUUUAUUUAAAACGCUGCUUCCGGUUCAAGACCUUCACACUGUCUGAAACAAUAAGAAUCUUUAGUGCGUUGACAAUGUUUCUUCUUCUGACUUACUGGAUUAUUACAGGUAUCACAGCAGAAGAUGUGACAGGGGUUUAUUAUCAGCUGGAAAACAGCUCCGUAUGUCUGCAUGUAAAACACCCUCCACCGCAUUUUGGAGCUCAUUGGCUUCUGCCAGGAACAGGACCAAAAAGGGAUGGUGUUUCUGAAAAGGGCAUGAACUCUACAUUAAAAAACAAAGUGGAUUAUGAUUCUGAAAACAAUUCUUUGUGUAUUAAAAACCUGACCAACGCAGACAGUGGCAUUUAUGAAUUCAAUUUCAUUGACUCGUUUUCUUAUAUAAAUGAGAAGUACAGAAUCAUUGUUCAAGGUCAGGUUCCUAGACCUGUCGUAGUCAUGUCAGAGCUGGACACCAACACGUCUGCUGGGAUGUGCAACAUCUCAGUCAACUGCUCCAUCCGGAGCGAGUGGCUGUGGUCCUUCUGCGACGCCGACGCGUGCAGGACGGCGCAGGCGUCACUGAGCGAGGUCAACAUCAGCAUCAGCAUCGGCAUCAGCAUCACCGGCAACAGGACGGUCGUCUGCAGUGGCAACAACAGAGUCAGCACAAAAAGUGUUUUCAGAAGAAUUCCAUCAACGUGCCACAGUCAUUUUAAGAAGCCUGAACCCAAAGAUCCAGAUCAACAGCUUCUUCUCACAUUAUUAGUUAUAGCAGUUUGCCUUUUUCUACUUGUAUUUAUCGUCUUUAUAACUAAAAAGCUGUUGUUACUGAAGCUUGAUCAGACAUCCACUACUCAUUUAAUUGAGAACCAGCAGGCAGAGUCUCCGACACAACGGGAGCCCCGAGUCUCUACCUCCUCAUCCGUCGCCUAUGAGAACGUAGACGCCAUCCAUCCCAGUGAGACCAGCGGCACGAGAGAGGAGCCCGGCUCCACGCACGGCCCUGCGGUGAACACGGUCUACAGCGUUUUACAGCCGACCAAACGGAAACCUUCUCAGGGGACGGGCGACGACUGCAAAGUUAGCACAGGACCACAGGAAGCGCAGGUGGCAUCAGCUUCACAGGGCGAGCAGCCCCUGCAAGUCGACACAGUGUACAGCAUGCUGCAAAGGCCCCGACAUAAACAGUAGAACAGAAACCUGGGGAAUCAUGGGAACAUUGAUGCAAAAGAAUAAAAAGAUGCUUGAAGAUGAGUUCAAUCACCAGUUGAUAAUGUGUUUUUUCUGUCUUAUAACGUAAACAAUUUAUUUACUAUUUAUAUUAUCAGAAACAUCUUAAUAAAUGUCAAAAUUACA